GGCCCGUCUAAAGCUUGACGUGGCAUCAUCAGUGGAGCAGCUCGCGCUGUCAGUCUCCGCCUUUCUACAUGAGUCGGUCGAGCGCGAUAUAAACGCUCUUUUAUGGGUUAUAUGCUGCAUUAAUACCGCGAACAGACAUGUUUACGUUCACGGAGCUCGUGCUGCUGCUCUGCGCGCUGUCCUACACCGCGUCCGGUUAUUUCGUGAGCAUCGACGCGCACGCUGAGGAGUGUUUCUAUGAGCGCGUGAACUCGGGCACGAAGAUGGGCCUGAUGUUUGAGGUGGCUGAGGGCGGAUUCCUGGACAUCGACGUGGAGAUAACUGGGCCAGAUGGGAAGCAGGUCUAUAAAGGAGACCGUGAGUCCAGUGGGAAGUACUCUGUGGCCGCUCAUAUGGACGGAACCUACAAGUUCUGCUUCAGCAACAAGAUGUCCACCAUGACCCCUAAAAUUGUGAUGUUCACUAUCGACAUCGGUGAGGUGCCCAAAGGACAGGACAUGGAGACAGAGGGUGGUGGUGACAGCUGGGAUGCGCAUCAGAAUAAGCUUGAGGAGAUGAUUAACGAGCUGGCGGUUGCAAUGACGGCGGUCAAACAUGAACAGGAGUACAUGGAGGUUCGAGAGAGAAUACACCGUGCAAUCAAUGAUAACACAAACAGCAGGGUGGUCCUGUGGUCAUUCUUUGAAGCUCUGGUGCUGGUGGCCAUGACACUCGGACAGAUUUACUACCUGAAGAGAUUCUUUGAAGUGCGAAGAGUCGUGUAACAUCUUGUCAGUGUUCAACUACGCAACCACAUCGAGUCGUGAUUUACCAGUUUUACAAAUUGGACAUACCAUUCAGCAGAGAAUCGGAAGAACCUGGUCGUUAUUUUCAUGUUUUUGUUUUUCUUUGCCCCAAUUUUAGAUCUCUUCCAUGUUUGUUUUUGUGUAGAAGGUGGCAUAUCAGUUGUGAAUUAUAAAAUAAUUGAAUUUGUUCUAGCCCAACUUGUGUACAUUUAUUUUGAAAGGGCCUCAUUUUUAUUUAUGGCUUUGUGUUACAAGUACACAUUACUAUGAGAAUGAAGUAUAAAUGGUGUUUUGGUGUCGCUCCAAAUGAAAGUGCAACACGUUUGAGGAUUGUGUUGAAUUGCAUGAUUGAAUUAUACCAUGACAUGAACAGUUUUGUGAGCCAAUAGAAAGUCAGCACUCACUGAUGUUGAGAAAUGUCACGGCAAGCAUUUUUAAUAUCACAGCUCAUUAUUGCAGUUAGUUACACCAACAACCUCCAUUGCAAAUAAUUAAACCUGAUGAUGGUAAUGCAGUAAAAUGACUGCGCCGUUGCUUUUUGGAGAUAUUCUGGUGUGUUUUAAAUGUUUAUGUGGGAUAGUUCUGGCCCGGUUUUUCCUUUGUCUUCAGUUUCUUCUUGAGGGGAGUACUUUAAUUAGAUUUGUACAAUUUUUGUUGUCUAAACCAACUUUUACAUUGAUGAAAAUGCUAAAUUUAUUUGGCUACAACUACUGGGAAACUGAUUAUAUUACAGUAAAUAUGUUGAAUAUGGAUUUGUUUUAAUAAACAAACAUGUUCUUAAUGUC